AUGGCCGCGGCCUGCACGCGAUGGGGUAUUUUCGGUGCGGGAAAAAUCGCCCAUGAUUUUGUGGUCGCUUUGAAAACUUUACCAGAAAACGAACACAAGGUCGUUGCAGUAGCGGCGCGUUCUCUGGAGAGAUCUGCCGAGUUUGCAGACAGACACAACGUCGAGAAAGCUUACGGCUCUUACGAGGAACUCGCCCGAGACUCAAAUGUAGAAGUGGUGUAUGUUAGUACAAUCCACCCCCAACACAAACCGCUUUGUAUACUAGCCCUUAAUAAUGGGAAACAUGUGCUUUGUGAAAAACCUAUGACAAUGAACCUGAAAGACACAAAGGAACUGUUUGAUCUUGCAAAGACCAAAGGAUUAUUCAUCAUGGAGGUGAGUGACCGCUGCCGAGUGUGGAUGAUGAAAUCCUAUCCUGGGACCAGGCUUCUUGGUGUGGAAAAAGGGAAAAGGGCUAGAUUCACCUCCUUCCAACUCCUGGCGAUAUUUAGACCCCUUUCCACAAACGGAGAGCCUGUUAAUAGGCUAAGGAAAUCCUGUUUUUACGGUCGCAAGCCGUAUUAAACGAUUUGCCGUCAGGUGGGCGGGGUGGGGCAGGGGGCGUGGAACAUUCACGCCUUAAAUGUGGAACACUUCUGGACUCUCUGUUUCGAAUAAGGCGCAUAAUUUUAUGCACACUUGUACUGCACAGGGUCCCAUUUCAUCACAAGGAAUCAGUAGUCUAUGCUAGGCUCUCAGAUAUAAGGAACGCCACAAAAAUAUAACAAACAAAGCAAAAAUAAGCGCAACCUAGGAAAGGGGGCGGCAGCAGGAACUCCCAGCUCCAGUGCAUUUGUUUUUUUCCUUCACUUUUUCUGAACGACUGCUCUACUAUCUUGAAGCCUGGAACACCUUGUUCAGCUGAAUUUAUUUUGCUACCCUCCCCUUCUAAUAAGAUGUCUUCCUGCAGGUUGAAAUCCAGUUCAGACUAAGAGAGAAUUCAACGGUAUCUAUUAAAUACAAACUGUGUUUUUGAUUCCAAAAAUUAUGCGCAAUGGCUUGUAUUUUUUUGCAGGCAUUAUGGACAAGAUUUUUUCCUCUGUAUGCAGAUGUUAAGAACCUCAUAGAUUCCAAUGCUCUCGGAGAGCUCCGUUUGGCAUUUGUCUCCUUUGGCUCAAAUGUAACUCACGUUGAGCGAGUGUGUGACCGAGACCAGGGGGGUGGGGUGCUUCUAGACAUUGGACUCUACUGUUUGCAUGUUGUAGAUAUGAUCUUCAAUGAGGAACCCCUAACCAUCACUGCUGUGGGACAGAAAAUGGCCACCGGAGUAGACUCAACAGUUGUAGUGACAAUGUUGUAUGAAGGCGAGAAAACAGCUUCUAUAACUAUGAGUGUUGGUGAGUACAAAUUCUCUGACAUGACUGAUGUUGGCCUCCUUGAAGAAACUAACUUCUGUAAGAUCAUGACUGGUUUUAAAAUAUGUUUUGUGUCACUUCAGCUGCAGAUCUUCCCGGGGAAGCUACAUUUUCAGGAUCACAUGGCUCUGUCACUAUUCACAAACCUUUUCACUGCCCCACAAGUUUUACUUCUCCUGCUGACACAAAGGAAUACCCUCUUCCAGAGCCUUCCAUGUCAAUGAACUUUGUCAAUUCUACUGGAUUAAGGUGAUAUGCAUUUUUCAUGGAUAAUUUGUUCACAAGCUACAGUUGACCUGCCUGUCUUAAAGAGAGUUCAGUUAGGGAACAAUGACUAAAAUUCUGGCUUAAAGAGUUGUCCCUCUUGGGUGUCAGUUAAAAGAGAGUAGACUGAAACCUUUUCAGGUGAUUACGUGUAAAACAGUCAGCAAAGUAGUGAUGCAUUCAGGCAGUUGAUAGAGGUAUUUCUUUAGCUUGGCAAUUACUUACAGGUUAUGAAGAUUUUUAGGGGCAUUCUGAACAAAGGCAGAUUUAUGGGUGGUCCAAGGGGACUUUGGUGGUCCCCCCUUUUGCUUAUAAAAAGAUUUCUCAGUAAACUAUUUAGUAUUUAGCUUACAAGUGUCCUGGCCCCACCCGCUUCCUGCAUUUUCUGGAUCUGCCACUGCUGAAGAUUUCCAAGUUAUACGAAGAAGCCAAAGUGACUUUUAAAAGUGGAAAGUUUGGAAAAAGUACAAUCAUUCUUAUUGAUCUCUCUUUUCUUGCAUUUGCUCUGGUUUAUUUUACUGUCAGUUUAUAUUUUUCUCGAAAAUGUGUCUGCUAAGGAUGCGCCAGACAUGAGAAAUUGGACCAAGGGUUGAGCUCACACGAGAUCAAAGUUUUUGAUCAGCUGGCAGGAGAUGCACACAUAAGGCUUGAUAGUUAGCAGCUAUAGCAUACAAUAGCCACAUAUUCAAACCCUUUUUCCUUCAACUUGUGUUUUAGGUAUGAAAUCCAAGCAGUUAGAAAAAGCUUAUUGGCAGGUGAAAUAGAGAAUUCAACGAUGCCUCGAAAGGUAACAGAAAAAGUAUUUUCCUGGAUGGACAAGAUUCGUCAGCAGUUAGGAGUUGUUUACAAAGAGGACUUGUAG